GGUAGAAAGUAACGGUGGGCUACUUUUAUAGAAACAGCUACCAGCAGUCAGUCGAGUUUGUUCACCGUGUGGUCGCUUCUUGAACGGUGUUCCUGGUUUAUAUUCACCCAAAGGAAAUUGUAUUUAUCAACGGGAGGACAACACCGUGCGUUAGAGGUAGAAUUUUAACAGAGCCUGUUUGUCAACUUGUCAUUGCGGUGCAAUCAUGACUGAGGUGGCGCAGGUUGCGGCUGUAGACAUUGACGAUGUCACAAGCGAAAAUGAACUCAACAUGAGCGACGCAGAAAACAAAGAAGAUGAUCCGACACACGAGGAGGAGGACGAUUUUGAAGAAGCAGAGGAGGACAUCGAGAAGAUGUCAGAAGUGGAAGAUGAAAAACCUUGCCACACUAAGGACGAAGUGAGUGAAGAGACCGAAAAAAGACACAUGAACGGAGUGGAUCACAAAGAAAGCGACUCAGUCAAUGAGCAAAAUGAAAGUUCAGAAGGUGUUAAUGGUGUGGCACCGGACAAUGAGAUGGAGGACGCACAAGCUGACACAAAUGAAGACCAGAAUAUUUCUGAUCUGGCUCUUAAGAAAGAGAAACUCAUGCGGUCCAGAAAGAUGGUGGCCAGAAGCUACGUGCCCAAAACGAAUGCAGAAAAAGGGGAUGUGACAGGCAAGUUCGUGGCCAUGCAGAAAGCUAGGGAGGAGCGCAGCAGGCAGAGAAACAAGGAUGAGCAGCAGAAGAGGAAGGAACAAUACAUCAAGGAGAAGGAGUAUAACCGCAGAAAGCAGCAGAUAAAAGAACUGCUUGCUUCCAGCGAUGAGGAGGAAGAGGAGAAGCCAGCAAAGGUAGAAAAAUCCUACGUCCCCAAAAUCACAGGUAGUGUGAAGGGGAAGUUUGCAGAAAUGGAAAAACAAAGACAAGAGGAAGAAAGAAAGAGGAUGGAAGGAGAGAGGAAGAAGAGGGAGGCCCAGGACCAUAUGGAAAAAGCCAAAAUUAAGAAAGAGUUGGCCAAGAAAGCAGCUGAGGAAGGAGAUGACACCAUCCUGGUACGAGUGGUUCCAGCAAAGUCAUCACGACCUCCGGGCAGAAUCAGGAUGAACUUUGAAGACAUGGAGAAGAACAGAGAGGAGGGACUGAAGAAGAAGGCAGAGGAGGAGAAGAAGAGGCGAUACGAUGAAAACAGACGCUCCUUCAGGGAUGCCAAGAGAAGCUCGGUUGUUGAACAGGAUGAAGAGGAGAGGCCGACAGAGAAGAUGCAGGUCACUCCUGGCAAGCUGAAGCUGACAUUUGAAGAGCUGGAGAAGGAAAGGCAGGAGCAUAGAAAGAGGCAGGCUGAGGAGGAAGCCAAACGCCGUCUGUUUGAUGAGAAGAAAGCUUUUGAGGAGGCCAGGCUGGGAAUGGGAGAAGAUGAGGACAUUAAGGAACCUCAAGAAGACAAGGAGGAGUUUCGACCUGGAAGACUGAGGUUGAGCUUUGAAGAGCUAGAACGGCAAAGGGUAGAAGACGUACGCAAGAAAGCAGAGGAGGAGACCAAGAGACGAAUGGAGGAGGAGAGACGAGCUUUUGCAGAGGCCAGGAAGAGCAUGCUUGUAGAUGAGGAUGAUGAGGUGCUGAUGGCCUUACUCAACCUGGAGGGAAGUAAACCCGGGAAGAUAUGUGCCAGUUUUGAGGAUUUGGAACGCCAGAGAAGAGAGGAGGAGCAGAAAAAGGCUGAGGAAGAGGCAAAGAGGAGACUGGAAGAGGAGAAGAGGCUCUUUGCAGAGGCCCGCAAGAGCAUGAGCCCUGGCCUGGAUCAGGAAAAGUCUGCAUAUGGAGAUGAAACAGUACUAGAUGAGGAAGUAGGCAUGGUAAAGAGCCCAUCUCAAGAAGCAUUGCACCCCCGAAAACUGGAGAUCAACUUUGAAGAGUUACUGAAAGAGAAGGAGGACGCUGAGAGGAAGCGCAAGGCAGAGGAACGUAAGAAGAAAAGGGAGCAGGAGAAGCAGGAAUUUGAACAACUGAGACAAGAGAUGGGCGAGGAUGAAGUGAAUGAAAGCUCAGAUGUUAUUAACAAAGAGUAUGAAGAGCUGACCAAGCUCAAGAGAACUGGCUCCAUCCAGGCCAAGAACCUCAAGUCCAAAUUUGAGAAGAUCAAGCAGCUGACUGAAGAAGAAAUACAGAAAAAGAUUGAGAUGGAGAGAGCACGACGGAAGGCAGUGGAUGACGAAAUCAAAGAGAGAGAAUCUGAGCGGUUCCAGGAGGACAAUGAGGAACAGGAAACGACAGCAAUGAGGGCUGAGGAGACACCCUUCAAACAGAAGGUGGACAUGAAAGCCCGAUUUCAACAAAUGGCCAAAGCAAGAGAAGAUGAGGAGAGGAGGAGAAUAGAGGAGCAGAAGCUGCAGAGGAUGCAGUUUGAGCAGCAGGAGAUCGAUGCUGCCCUUCAAAAAAAGAAAGAUGAUGAUGUGGAGGACGAGGGUAGCAUUAUCAAUGGCUCUGCGGCCUAUGAAGAUGAGGAGGAUCACGCCCGGUCGGGGGCUCCAUGGUUUAAAAAGCCCCUUAAAAAUCAAUCGGUGGUGGACUCGGAGCCAGUGCGAUUCACUGUUAAGAUCACUGGGGAGCCCAAGCCAGAGGUGACCUGGUGGUUUGAGGGAGAGAUGCUCCAGGACUGUGAGGACUAUCAGUAUAUAGAGAGAGGAGAGACGUACUGCCUCUACCUGCCAGAGACCUUCCCAGAGGAUGAGGGAGAGUAUAUGUGCAAAGCUGUGAACAGCAGAGGCACAGCAGCAAGUACCUGCAUCCUUACAGUAGAAACUUAUGACUACUGAUGCCCUUCCAUGUUCUGGAAACUUUCCCUGUUGUCUCUCACUCCUUUUGUAAAACCUUGUCCCUCAUGGUAUGGUCAAACAGCGGAGGGAAGAAAUAGCAGUUUGUCUGGCAUUCCUAAGGGAGGGUUACACAACAAAAACAAAAUAAGUUUUUUUUUUUUACAUUUUGCUCAAUUGUAAAGCUAUACUCCCUGUUAGAGUAGGGUUAUACCUGUGCCAAAAGCAGAUAUGAUUCUGUUCUUGUUCAAAAUGAUAUUCACUCUGAGGCCCUAACAAUAAGAUAAGUUAAGUUUCACAGUACUGUGUUGUAAAUAUCACACUCUAUGGUCCAUUCAUAGAAACACUGUGCUUGAGGCACUGCAAUGGAAGGCGUCAAAUGUCCUUGUACUUUCAAUGAAUAAAAGUACAGAUGAAUAAUAUAAACUUCUAAAAUAAUUACUAGUGUUUAACCUAUGCUGUACAAGGGCAUGAAUAUGACUCACAAUAUAGCUAAUCGUGCUCUCUGCCAUAUUAGUUAAUGGUGUUGCAAUAGUUGACUGGAAUCAUGUCAAAGGAUAACAUGGUUGUUAUUAUUUUAUUAGAAAUCAGCAGUGAGCAGAGACACAGAAACAGAAACAUUUGAUAUCAUGUUUACUCUCUGAUUUUCAAUAAAACGAUUUAGCUUCUUAAUAACUGUUCUAACAAUGCAGCUUCUGUUCUGAGAAAGUUAACACUUUUUAUUUAUUUAUUCAUUUAUUUUUUCAUUUUCAACCCCCCUUUUUUGUUUAGACUUUAAUCUAAUACAUUAUAUUAUUAUUACAGAUGUCGUGAUUUGAUUGUCCUGGACAGUAGGUCACUGUUUAAUGGUUUGAUAAUGAAAAAGAAACAUAGAGUAGCCUGAAAAUAUUAUUAAUGAAGAUGUUUUAAUAAAAUGAACAAAAACAG